AUGAUGCAAAUAGGUUAAUAUUAUUAUUAUUAUUAUUAUUAUUAUUCAUUUAUUAUAUUAUUAUUAUUCAUUUAAAUUAACUCAUGUUUGAUUAAUUGGAAGAACAAUUUUACUUUUAUCUAUGCAGCUGCACUUUUAGGAUAUGUACUUCCAUGAGGUCAAAUAUCAUUCUGAGGAGCAGUAAUAGUAAUUACUAAUUUGUUAUCAGCAUUUACUUAUAUUGGACAAAUAUAAUUGUUGAAUAAAUUUGAGGAAGAUUCUCAAUUAAUAAUUCUACAUUAAACUGAUUUUUUUCUUUACAUUUUAUUUUACCAUUAAUUAUUUUAAUACUACUUUUUAUUCAUUUAAUAAUUUUACAUUCGUCAGGAUUCUCAAAUCCUAUUAAUUCAAGAUUAAAUUAUUUUUUAUCCAUAUUUCUUUUGAUUAAAGAUUUAAUUACAAUUUUUCUUUAAUUCUAUUAAUUUUUAUAUUUAUUAAUUUUCAGAAUCCAUGUAUAUAUCAAGUGAUCCAGAUAAUUUUACGAUCGAUAUACGUAGGUAUGUCGAUAGUGAAACUUUUUCAUACUUCCAUCCUGCGUUUCGAGAAAUUUUUGUUCAACGAUCCGGAAAAAUUGCAACCUUUUUCAAUUGAUUGUAAUUGUUGCUACAUAUAUAUAUAUAUUUCGUGAAUACGACAAUGAGAUCAGAAGCGACGUGCUUCGCAUGUAGCGACGCAUGACGUAUGACAGGAAUCCUUUGAGGAGCAUCUGGAAGCUGAUUUCCACGAAACGACGGAAUAUACGUAUGCAAACCGGGAUCGAAUAUUUCCACGAUCAUUGAAUCCGUAGAAAGGAAGGUCGCAGCAGUAUCUCAAAGCAAACUGAGUUGAAUAAAUCAAAGGCCAUUCCGGGAGCAACAAUUUGAUAUGGGGAAGCUCUCGCGUAGCCCUUUUGCCACGAUAGGAAAUACCAUCGACGCACAAAAAUUCGCGUCGGAGAGCACGAAUCGAAUGAAAUUCGCUCGGGAACGAUGAAAUCCCAUGCAAAAACGAUGAAAUCGCUUGGCAAUAGUCGCAGGCAUCGCUUGAUUAUUGAAAUUACAAAUGCAAAUAAUUGCCAGUGUCUUUUGACGAGAUAUUUACCUGUUGCAUUAUCAUUGAAUAGAUUCCACCACACGAUAAAUUCGUCAGUUAUCACGGAAGAAGUGUCUGAUAUCUAAAAAUACCAAACAGGAACGUGAAAUACUUGCUCGUUUGCCUUGGAGAACUUGUUUUGCAUCAUCUACCAACAAUUUAUUUACACUGGAAGGAUCACAUCAAAUAAAAUGAUAUAGUUUUAAUCUCUGGAAAAAUAAUUCCACUCCACUGUUUUUUGAUACUUUCGUAAGAAACAACGAGAAGUCUAGUUUACGUGAAUUAUUUCAGUGACUGUCUUCAAAAAAUUUUUUCUUCUGAAAUUCUUUUGCUCUUUUUACAUUAUUAUUAUAGCUUUCACUCUGAGUAGCUGUUCAGAUGUUACACUAUUAUAUGAUCGCAUCAUCAUCGAAUAGUAUACGUUCGUUAUAAUUAUCAGCAAAUUAUAAAAAAAGAGGAAAGUACAAGGUGUUGGUUAGAUGUUCUCUCAGAAGAGACAGUCGAGUUAAAGAACAAAUUUCCAUUUCCUACAUGCGCCAUUUUCCAUUUUCUUUCUGUAUAAAUUGCAAAAAAAAAAGAAGAAGAAAAAAGAGAGAAAAAGAAGCAUGCACAGGCACGUCAAUUAUUUUCGUUGAAGCAUAAUUUAGCGGGCAACGUAAAAAUCUGAAUCAAUCUAACGAGGAGGACCUCUGGGGCAAGUAAUUAUUUUUCCCGUCCAAUAAGUAAGGUUCAAUUGAAUUUGUAGUUAAAUCGAUUGAUGGCCAGCCAAGGCCGGACCGUCUAUUAGCCAGUUUAAUUAGCAAGUCCCAGGGGUCCGGAAAUAGGGCAGCCGUAACGACGUUUACAGGCGUCAUCGUGCUCGUUCGCUGCCUGAACGUGCAACAUUUAUUUCAAGCAGUUAACGAACAGCUUGCAACAGAAAAAAGAAAAGAAGAGCAAAAUGUCUGA